CGACAAUUAGAACUCGUCAAUUUCUCCACACUUUCCAUUAGUUUUAAAUGACAAAAAGGAGCCGAGAUGCGCAUCCAUGAUGGUCUCUUGAGAGUCACAUAAUGAAAUCCUUAUCCAGAGGAACCGAGGUUCAUCGGGUGCGCCAGACAGCUUGUUGACGAUUCUAGAUUCAAAUGAAGAUCCAAGGCAGAAUACGACAUACAGCGUACUCCUGCAAAGGCAGCCACUGCUGUAGUCAAUCGACGUCCAGUCAGACUGGUCUUACUCUGGUGGAAUGAUGCCCGUGCAUCAAAAUAAUAUUGGCUUUCCCCGCAACUUUAAAAGGCCUCGGCACGGAGUUUAGUCCCGUAUCUCUUUGUCCAAACUGAGCCGUUAUAUUAGAAACAAACAGGUUGCGUUGUUAACAUCACAGUAAGUUUGAAUUUGAUACCACAAGCGUCACGGACAUCAAUUUCCAACCUACAGCCCCUGUCUGGAGGAAUCAUUGGAAAAAAGAUCUAGCAUCAUCAGCACGAGCCGUUUUGGACACAGUUGACUCCUGAACCAUCCAUGUCGAGCGAACUAGUUACCAAGCCUCCGCAGACCAAGGUCUUCGAUCUUUCAUUUCCCGCACCUCAUGUCCUGUUAGUUACUAUCAACCGUGAAAAGGCGAGGAACUCUAUUCCUAUGGAAGGACACUGGGAGGGGGAUGCAGUCUUCACGUGGUUCGAUCAGGAGCCGUCGCUGCGGGUAGCAGUCAUUACCGGCGCAGGGGACAAAGCAUUCUGCGCCGGCCAGGAUUUGAUCCAACAGAACACCAGAGCAUCGGGCGGCGAUGGGGGCUCCGAGCGACAAACCCUCCCAGUAUCUGGUUUCGCAGGUUUAUCGCGACGGGUGGGCAAGAAGCCGGUCAUCGCAGCUGUCAACGGAUUCGCGUUGGGUGGUGGUUUUGAGAUCUGUCUUAACCUUGACAUCGUUGUUGCUGCCCCGAAUGCCAAGUUCGGACUGCCUGAAGUGAAUGUUGGUCUCUAUGCGGGCGCAGGAGGCCUUUCGCGGAUUGCUCGUAGCGCUGGUUUGCAGGUCGCGUCAGAGGUAGCUCUCACGGGUCGUCACAUUACCGCAGAGGAGGCAAAACUGUGGGGUCUGGUAAAUCGGAUUUCCAAAACGCAAGCGUCCGUGGUACCCGAAGCCCUUGAGGUUGCGGCCCUGAUCACGAGCAAGUCCCCCGAUGCAAUCAUUGUCAGUCGUGCAGGUAUACGGCAGAGCUUCGAAACCGGUAGCGUGGAGCGAGCCACUCAAAUAACGGAGCAGCAAUAUGGGCCGCAACUGUUGAAAGGAGAGAAUUUCAAGAUUGGCGUGAGGGCGUUUGCAGAGAAGAAGAAACCGCAGUGGGUCGCUCCUCGACUGUAGAAUUGGAAAGCGGGCUAUUAUAUGUAUUAUCAGUUGGGAGUUAAUUGACCUGAUGCACAAAUCAUAUAGAACAGCACUUGAUUCUUUUCGCCGUGAAGUGUCUGUUUGUCUGAAAGGCGAGACCGGAGUGUACGGGGUGGUACAACGCUGUACAAUCGGAAGCAGCUUAGGACAACAAAUCGUGUCUGAUCUGAUAUUAAUCAAAUUAGUUCAAUGUCGAC